GGCGAGCAAGGCCAAGGAGGCGACCCAAGCCAAGACCGAGACCCAAGACCAUCGGGCGUGCGGGGUGGCUGCGCGGCGCCCCACACACACUUUCCUCCUGACGGCUCCUGCAGCAGACAUCCACAGCCAUGAGUAUCCUGCAGAAGAUCGCCGACAUAGAGGCCGAGAUGGCCCGGACCCAGAAGAACAAGGCCACCAUGGGCCAUCUGGGUCUCCUCAAGGCCAAACUGGCCAAGUUGAAGCGGGAGCUGAUCACCCCUAAGGGAGGGGGAGCGGCAGCGGGCGAGGGCUUUGACGUGGCCAAGACUGGUGACGCUCGUAUUGGCUUUGUUGGAUUCCCAUCAGUUGGCAAGUCUACUUUGUUGAGCAACCUGGCUGGUGUGUAUUCAGAGGUGGCAGCCUACGAGUUCACCACCCUCACCACGGUGCCGGGCUGCAUCAAGUACAAGGGAGCCAAGAUCCAGUUACUCGACUUGCCUGGAAUCAUUGAGGGAGCCAAGGAUGGUAAGGGACGUGGCAAGCAGGUGAUUGCUGUGGCGCGCACCUGCUCCCUCAUUUUCAUCGUGCUGGAUGUCCUCAAGCCCAUCUUACACAAAAAACUCAUUGAGAAGGAACUGGAGGGAUUCGGCAUCAGAUUGAAUAAGGAGCCACCACAGAUCACAUUUAGGAAGAAGGAGAAGGGUGGCGUGAACCUGCAGUGUGCAGUGCAGCAAAGUGAACUGGACAUGGAACUUGUAAAGACCAUCCUUGCUGAGUACCGCAUCCACAAUGCGGACAUUGUGCUCAAAUAUGAUGCCAAUGCUGACGACCUCAUAGAUGUGAUUGAAGGCAACCGGGUGUACAUUCCCUGCAUAUACCUCCUUAACAAAAUUGACCAGAUAAGCAUUGAGGAGCUGGACAUCAUCUACAAAAUCCCUCACUGCGUGCCCAUUUCUGCUCACCACAAAUGGAACUUUGAUGACUUGCUGGAGAGGAUGUGGGAGUACCUCAACCUCUGUAGAAUCUACACCAAACCCAAAGGGCAGCUCCCAGACUACAGUGCUCCUGUUGUGCUACAUGCUGAUAAGAGAACUGUUGAGGACUUUUGCAACAAAAUCCACAGAACAAUCAUCAGGGAAUUCAAAUAUGCCUUGGUGUGGGGAAGUUCUGUCAAGCACCAGCCGCAGAAAGUGGGGAAGGAGCAUGUUCUCAAUGAUGAAGAUGUGGUCCAGAUUUGCAAGAAAGUCUAGGGUCAGUGAGGGUGAUAUUAAUGCCAAGCUAUAUUGGAAAUGGGUGGAAGUAAGUAAGGUACAUGGUGAAAUGUUUGUUUCUCCAUUGUUGCUGUGUGAUAAUUUCAAGUCUUGGAGCAUCUGCCUCUCACAGGAUGCAGUUGAUAUAGACUUUCCAAGUUUCUUGAAAAUGGGUUGCAAAAAGUGGAAAAAAACUCAAAUAAUAUUGCACUUGUUAUUAAUGUUUGUAUUAUUCUCAGAAUAUUUGAUGCUGUAAAUCCUAACUCUUGUUUUAUGUCAUCAUAGAUCUAUACCAAGACAAGAUUGAAUUUAUCGCUUCUUAAAGAAUUUACUGCCCCUUUGAACUAUGAUGAACACUCAAUCUUGUUACUUAAGCAACAUUCUGGUUGACUCCCUCACAGCCUUGCAUCUAAGAUAGGUACUUGUAAGAAAAGUUGUUUUAUUUUGUGCACUUCUCUACAAUCAUCUCCUGUUCUUUUUUUGUGAUAUCAAUAGUUUUCUUUUCUGAUAUUAGUAGAAAAAUAUUGUGCAUUUCAUUAGAUGCUUGAACUUACAUCAGAUUUAAAUUCAAGAGUUCAAAGGGUUCAGAAUGUAAUAUUUUGAAACUACACCUGAUUUUCUUUAAAUGUUUUUAUAAUUUAAUCAGGACUGUUGUAAUACUGGUGUACUGAAAACAUUUGACAUUGUGUAAUGUUUGAAUGUAUUUGUACUUUUUUUAUCACAAAGAAAAGUGCCUUUAUUUUCCUUUCAUUAUUGUGACCCCACUGUGUGGGCAAUUUUCAAUGAAGUGAGAAAGAAAGGAAUACAACAUG